AUGGACUUCAUCAACGAAUUCAACGAUGGCGCCAAUGCAUACCAGCACAACAUUAACGACGAGGCGGUGUUGACGCUCGGCAGAGGCGGCAUCAACGGGCCCAACGGCGGCAGCGGCAACAAGCCUGAUCGCCGGCAGAAACUGAUUCAGCCAACAACCACAGGUCCAAGACACCGGAGAAGAAGAAGCAGCUUCCUGGUCUCCCAUGGGGUCUCCUCGUUUUGGUACGGCCUUUGCUCGGUCGCGCUGUUAGUGCUCGUACUUGUAAGUACCUUUUUGCAGACAAUGCACGUCUCUCUCCCUUCCUCCCAUUUUCGAUUUUUUCCCCUUUCCAGCCGUCGCUGUUUGAUCUGUUAUCUUGUGGUGCAUCGUUUAUUUUUCUCUCGCGCUCUCGUGUCUCUCCAUCCCAAUCACCCGUCACCUGAAUCCACUACCCACAUUCACCCCGUCCGCACGGAGCAUCCCACCCUUUUCCUAAUUUUAAUUCUCGAUUAUUUCCCUAUUUCUCCCUCUCGUCAGUCUGUCCAUUUCCGGCAUGUUCGGUGGCCCGCCCGGUGGAUGUAG